AUAGACGGAAAGUUUUCGUUGAUAUGAAUCUGCUGGUGACAAAAGACUUGUUUUUCGAUGUAGAAUGUUUUAGUACGAAUGCUAAACGCCAUGUUAGAACUUGACAAAUUUGCAAUCCGUGUUCUUGUUACACUACUCGUUUAUUUGUGUCAUGCGGUGAUUUGCAACGAACCAACUGAAAUUGACGCCAACCCACUUAGUUCACAGGUUCACUGUUCUGCCAGUAGCAUUUACUUAUCUUCCCGAAUUGCAAAGAGAAUAAGAAGAGACCUCACGAAUAAUUUCCAUGACAUUGCUGUCAAAUCUAGCAAUGAUAACGAACAAGUUUGUGGUUUGGCCAAUCAUCCAUCAAACGGCCAUUAUUCCAAUAAUGCCCCGUGGACCAAGAUCGUCGGAGGAGUCGAAACAGCAGCCCAUGAAUUCCCAUGGCAAGUGUUUCUCGUCCUUCGUAAAAACAAUGACGAAAGUUUCGCCUGUGGGGGUAGUUUGAUUAGCGAUCGAUGGGUUCUCACAGCAGCUCACUGUUUAAUAAAUAAUGACCUGAUUCACAUAACGCUGGGAGCCCAUGAUCUCGAAGACGAAGACGAAGUGUAUCAAGAACGAUAUACCAGUCGUGAAUACUUUAUUCAUCCGGAUUGGGAUUCUGAGACUCUACAAGCUGACAUUGCACUUGUCCGGCUUCCGGCUACCAUCUCCUUCUCAAUUUCAGAAUAUAUUCAACCCGUAUGUCUGGAUAGUCCAUCCGAUCCGGCAGUCAGCUAUGUAAAUGACACUGUCAUUCUGACUGGAUGGGGUCUAACAAGUGACGAAAGUGAUGGAGUAAGUUCAGUCCUUCAUAAAACGAUGGUGAGAGUGAUCACAAACGAGAAAUGUUUUGAGGAAUACGACAGCGUGAUAACAGACGAAAUGAUUUGCUCUAGUGGAGAGGACCAUCAAGGAUCUUGCUACGGCGACAGUGGAGGACCGAUGAAUUUCAGACAGGCAGACGGCACUUGGAAGCAAAUUGGAAUUGUUUCGUUCGGUUCCAAUCAAGGCUGUGAAAGUGGCUAUGCCAACGGUUUCACGCGCGUCAGUUCUUUCGUCUCUUGGAUUCAAAAUAUUACAACCCAAACAGAGGCUACAAAUAGAUCGACUAGCAUCUUGGCCACUCAACAACCAUCUGUUAUGGCACUGUUAUGAUUACUGGCUCUGCUAUGACCAAGGGAAUUAAAAAUAAAAGAACACGUAUAAUACAUUAUUAA